CUCAGCGAACCCAUCACAAUCACCGCCAGCGGAAAGAACGUGGCCAUCGUCAUGAUUCUGGCUUUCUGGACUGACCAUCGCAGUGCAAGCAAGCCAGCGCUUCGAGGAUGGUGAGGCGCACUAGCCCUUCGCACCCCGCCAAUCCUUCCCUCGUCCUUGCUGUCCUUCUUACAGUAGAAUCCAGCCGAGGCUCGAACCUCGUCUUUCGCUGGCCGCCAAACCCGUCGCUGUCGAAACGUCAUUCUCAGGUUCGAUACUAUAGGACGAACGACGAUGCUGGUCCAGCGUCGGGAGAUCUGCUGGAUCGCCAGCAGCGCCCAGAUGCUCAGUCUGCCGCUCAGAGGAAACAGGUAUCGAGCAGCACGUCCAGAGGCAGGGCAGGCCGAGGCGAAGAGAGAAGUAAGCAAAGCGGCGCAGGUGAUGUGAGAGGCACACUAUCUUCGAAAGACUCCCGCUCCGCUCAGCAACGCGAGGACGCCAGGGAAAAGGCGAUGAGAGAGGAAGCUGGAAGCGCUAGCGACACUAGUGCCAGCAGCUCAGCGAUGGACAGUCAAGGCCACAGCGAUGGUGACAUAUCCUUCGACUCGGAAGAGUGGUUGCCAUCUCUGCGCUCGAGAACCUCAAGCACAGGCGCUGGGAAUUCUACAGUCGACAAGAGAGCAAAAGAGCCGCAUGAUGGUAUUGGAGCAGAGUCAGCUGUGGAUGCCGAUUCGGACAGUGCCAGCGUCGAUGGCCUGGGUGCUGCUGCACGUGGUUCUGCAAGGGAUAGCAGGACCAGAAGAAGGGUGCCCUCUUCGUCUGCCAUACCUGCACCAUCCUCGUCACCACGCCAGGGCCCCGCUCGUUCCAGCUCCCGCGCUCGUGGUCAUGGGGGAGCGUCGGGACCGCUGAGAGACGUCUUAGCCCCCGCCUCUGCCGCGAGCUCCCGAGAGCGGGCGGAAGACCGGGCCGUCCAGCGAGCCAAGCGCCAAGCAAGGGCGUACACUACUUACUUGGGCUAUCAAGAGGUCUUCCUCGCCUCGCUGCUCUCACCGCAUAGAGAUGCUUGCCAUGCUCGUUUCGAGCUCACUGUGGACGAUGUCGCCUUUGUCGGUCAUCCUGUGUGUGCUGACGCGAGCGCAAAUUGGGGCGACGUGCCGGACGAUGCGAUUCAAAGGCCAGCAGGACACCCUCCGCCUCAACCCCACAGCCCUGCCCGAGGGCGUGCGCCUCGCGCUGAGGAGGAGAUGCCGGCGGCGGAAGGCGCCGCUCGUGAGGUAGCCUCUCAGGAGCACGCUCAAACUUCAGAGGACUUUGGCAGCGAGUCGUGCCUGCCAUCGGAUUCGAAGCGAGAAAGAGAUGCAGCAUCCACUUUGAGCUCUCAAGUCAACUCUUACGCGGUUUCAAGCGGCCAGCAUCGAAGCGGCAUCACUGCCUUCCACCUUGUGCUGGUGCUAGAUCGUCCUGAUCCUUCUGCAGAUAUGCCGCAGCUAGACACGUCAACUUGGUCGGCAAUGUUUCACGACGCCGUUUGCUUCAAAUUGACAGCAGCUCUUUGGGCUGAACAAGUCAGAUGCGGCUAUGUAGCAAGCGAGAGCGAGCACCUGUUGAGCUUGAAAGAGACAUGCAGAGAUCGUGGUGACACCUUCAACUCCUACGUCUCUUCAGCGCUACGUUCGUCAUCUCUCGCUCGCCUGCUUAGGUCGCUCUACUCGUCAUUGUCCCGAGGAGAAAAUGCCUUCGUCUCGGUUAAUGACAACAUCGAAGCUCAUCUUCAACUCCCCCCUCUUUUACGCUCUCAUGGGGCUAAGCUUAGCCGCCUUCGCGAAGUAGAGACCUGUUUGGAUCCUAACGAUCACCUGCUUGCAGCUGGGGCAGGUGGCAGGUGGGGCGGAAGUGGUGACGCGUGGGACGAAGCCAGCAGGGCCACAGGCCCACUGUUACUGCCGUGGAAGACUCUGCUUUUGUCAGAAUCCGCUGGCCUGGGUCGGGUUCCAGCGAGCAGUGAUGAUGAGAGCGACUCGCCUGUCAUGAGGGGCGACGGUAUCGAAGGAUGGGCGAAGCGCUUCACCGCGUACCUCAAGCCUACCCUUGCAGGGGUGCCCACCUUUGGCGAGCUGGCAGACUUGCUCGCAUGGGAUCUGUACGACGACGUCUUUCCGAUGGUGAGACACUUGAUCUACUACCGCGAUGCGCGAGUUGUGGACGUGCCACGCAUCCACAGCAUGUACGCCAUCUCGCCACUCUUUUACCUUCGCAGCCUGCCACGAUUGUCGACGUCGUGGCACCGCGCUUUCCCCGACGAACCUUCCUUGCCCGCAUUUCUUUCCACUUUUUCAGCCUCUCUGAGGCCAUUCGCCGUCAACUUUGGCCGCAACCAGCGUCAGACCGCUUUCGACGCUCUCGUGUGGCUGCUGAGACACGAUGUCAUCGUGCAGAUGCACGCAAGAUUGAGGCUGGUGGCGACAGAGGAGAUCAAGCGCGAUGCAGCGCGACGACGAGCUGCGUUGCGCCAUGCUAGGGCGGCUAAACGGCAGCAGAAUGGCUUCCAACGGGCUCGCGAAACCACUCAAGCUUCCGAUGGGACGUUUCUCGCUGGUGUCAACAGCUUUCAGAAGGCGGCGGCUCCAAUCGGCGGCGCUCCCGCUCAGAGUGGGAUGGCACAGGUACUUGCAAGAGGCAACGCUUACCAUCGAGGCGAUGAGGUCCAAGCCGACCCUGAACCUGCCAACAGCACCCAGCCGAUGGGAGAAGACGUCACAGUGCAGCCAAAAGGUAGAACAGGCUCGGUCUCAAGCCGAGUGGAGAGCUCGCGAACCACUUCUCUCUCUCCAUUGACGAGUUUCUCAGCUCUCAAGGAAUCUUCCACUGCCUCCGCGCGCUAUAUUGAUGAGCUGAGAUUCGAGCGACGACGCAUUCCCCGCUCUAGAAGUCCAUCGCGAGCGAUCGGCUUGGUUGGAGAUGAUGUUCGCACACAACUCAGCGUCAGCAGCGAAGCAAGCUCGUCCGCUGUGCCCGCCAUGAAGACGGUUGCAAACACGUCGCGUCCAAACACACCCAGAGGUCGAGCGCUCAGCAUUCGUCAGGAACAUCUUCACUCGGAUGCUUUUACACCAAACAGCUCGUCGAGUCUGGGCAACGUGGACAAUGCUACGCGCGUAGCGUCUCGAUCACCAAGUCGCGCUCGCAUGCGUAUCACGGGUUUCGGCCAAGAUGAAGAGGUUCAGAUCGACGAUGCAGCCGGCUCGCAAGAGACCGGUGCGUCUAUGCAGAAAUCAGGCGGAAACGGAAAGGGUGGCGGGCCCUUGCAGGUCCCGUUCCAAUACCUCAAUCGAGCUGGUGACGAAGCUCGUAGGUUGAGCUUAGUUGGAGAAGAAUCUUCCACGCGAGGCUCACCAGCUCUUGAGCGCAAUAUUGGCGGAUCCUUGACGGUCGAGCCUUCUGUGGCGACUUCACGAGAGCAGUUGGACUCCUUGGCACCUGAUCAAGGGGCUUCACGGCACGAGGAAGAUUAUGACCGCUCUUCUCCAAGGGGCUCUGAAGCCAACGACAGUCUCGAGAGCGAAGAAAGCGAGUCCCAACACUCCCUGGACUUCGAACAGUGGGAAAGUGAUCCUAUGCCUAGCAUCAUACCUGAGCCUGGUAGAGCAAGUGCCGAGGAGAACGAAUGGAUUGAGAGCAUGCUGAAUCGUCAGCAAGAAGAGUGGAUCGUCGAAUGGUUCCGAAAACUUUUACCGUACAUGAAUGGACGCCACACCAUCGACGAGAUAGUGUACAGGGAGGAGAUGAGACGCAGGGAACUGAAGGCCGUACUUGCCGCGUUCAAGGAUGAGAUGAUCCACUUCGUACACCCGUAAAUGUCGCAAUUUCGAAUGCUACAUGUAAAGAGUCAUUGAUACUUUCACUGCUUUGGUGCCG